ACAGUGCAUUUCAUUAUUCUGUUCUUGCUCACUCGUAAUAAGCUUAAAAUAAGAAGAUCAGGUGCGCUGGUUUUGUUUACGAAGAGAUUUGUGCCCUCGAAAUCGUGAGUAGGUGCCACAGUCGGCCAUUUUGGGAUUCUAACAAGUCUGUCCUUAAAUGCCUUCAAUGUCAAGCUGCAGUCAGCCGAAGUCAUUCCACGUAAAGCUGCAGUCAUCCGAUGGAUCGGUUUUCGACGUCCCGCCGCACAUUUACAAGUCUUUCAAAAAGAUAACCUCGAUGAUGGAGGAUCCGUCAAAGGCCAAUAUGAUCCAAGAUGUGGUGCCGGUUCCGGAUGUGCACUCAUGCAGUCUGUGGAGAGUGCUGAAAUGGGCCGAGUACCACAUGAAUGAUGAUGAGGAAAGCAACGGACACCCUCCGAAUAUCAGUGAAUGGGAUCGAGAGCUGCUUCGGGCUGAGAAGUACAUACUCAUAGAGAUGGUUCGAGCCGCCAAUUACCUCGGCAUCCCGCGUUUGUGGAAUGCUGCGACCAAGGCAGUCCUCGAUUUAAUCAAGAACCAAGCGCCGCAGAUUGUUGAACCAAGCGACACGAUGGAUGCUGCUUUCAUAGCCGAACAACAAGAAAAGGAAUUUGAUCGUAUAUGUAUGGAAUGUGAUGAUGAUGACGAUGAUGAUGAUGAAGAUGAUAUUGAUGAAGAUGAUUUAAUGGGUGUAAUGAAUAAAAUUAGUUUAAAAUAAAUAAAAAAAAAACCUGUUUUAUUUAUCUACCAAAGAUUCCCAAACUGAUACUCAAUUGGUGGUGAUACCUACAAGACAAGCUAAUUUACUCUCCUGAAGUUAAAGGGUUUUAAUAAAGGCACUAUACUCCACAGGGGACUGUCAUGGUCUUCUUGUUUUCUUACCCCGCAUUAAAAUCAUGCUGCUGUGUUGAAAGAUAGGUUGUCAGCUUGAGCCCUACGCUUGAGCCGCUGUUAUGCUGGCUACGAAAACAUUGCAUUGGUGGGAUAGGGAUGCCAAUUCCU